ACCUGCUCGCUGUAGGCGGCUGAGAAGAAAUUGAUUAGCUGGAUUCCAGUACCUACAUUUAGAUCUCAUGGUCGUGCCUCGGUGGUUAGACAAGCUGAGGACUAACUAGUGGAGACUUCGACUAAUAAAGAUGGCUGCUAACAACGAAAGAAGAUUUUCACUGGCAGAUUUCAUUAGGUCGGAGCGAGUUAAACGGAAUGAGAACGAGAUUGAGGAUUUUAAGACAAAGAAAUCAUCAGACGAAAAACAAAAUGCGACCUCUAUACAUCCCAGCAAUGAUGGCUCCACAGAAAAAGAAGAAAUCUCCGCUUUGUAUCCUGUGCGGGUCAAAAGACACCAAGCACGUCCCAGACGUCUUUCUGAGUUUCAUGACGCUUCCCGGAAAAGCAUCACUCAAGACAUGGUAGACAAGAAUUUAUGUGGCGUUGUAACGGAUGAAAAUGAUACAGACCACUCUCCAUCGACGAAGUCUCGUGCAUAUUAUAAACGUAGACGGCGGUUUUCGGUGAUACAAGAUAACGAGGGAAGUAGUUUUACGAUGGAGGAUAAAAUAAGAGCUCUCCAAGAAGAAGGUGGGGCCUUUCACAAGAGAAAUGGACGGAGCGGAAAGAGCCGCCGGACAAAUAGGUCCACUAUCAGUCCAUUCCCUUCCUCGGCUCACUCGAGGAGCACUUCUGGGUCGGUGAUGUUUUGGGAUCGACAUGAAUCUGCUUCUGUAAACAGCGAGACGCGAAGAGAAAUGACACCAAAGAAGAACACAAGUGAAAACGAAAAAUCGAAAGUGGUGAAUACAGAAGAACAAAACGAAAAAUCGGAAGUGGUGAAUGAAGGAGAACAAAACAAUGAUGACACCAUUAAAGUUGAAAUAAGAAGAGGAAGCUCUAGAACCAAGAAUAUCGUGGUUUCACUCCAGGUUGGAGAUACAACCCAAGAAUUGGAAGAAACAGAUGCUAACAAUUGCAAGGUCGAGACAUAUCAGUCUAGAAUUUCAAUCGAGUCUAGGCAUAGAGAAGGUCUGAGCAAUAGUGGAAUGACAAACUCCACAGAUAAGAUGUCUUCCCAGAUCAAUAUAGCUAAAGAUGAAAAAAAUGUUGAAAUAAAAAAUCAUGAACAAGAUGAAUCCAAAGCAAAUGAGCUUUCAAACAAUCUUCGGGACAGUUGUUUAUCAAAAGAUGAGUCAAAUAAGGAAACUUUUUCUGAAGAUUCUACAACAUCACGCAAUGAAGAGAAAAUAGAAAAUAUGAAGUCAUCAGAUAAGAUCAGUGUUAAUUUAGAGUCUGCUAAGAUGCAGGAAGAAGAUGAAAUGACGCGUGAUCAACCACAAAAUAGCACAAGUGUUGUUUCAGGUUUUGAUAAGAUGACUAAAGAAGACAAUAUACAAAAUGUUGAUCUACCAAAUAUGGUAAAUGUUACUAUAGAUCCAGGUAAACAACCGGACGCGCAGGCUGUGGAACUUCGAGGGGAGCCCAGUGUAUCAAAUUUUGAUAAAUCAAAAACAGAUAAAAACAUGGAACCACAUGCAGACGACAAUAUAGAUAACGGGAUACCCGAAAAUACGAGUCCUCGUGAAUCCAAUGAACUGCAUAAUAUUGGUAUAUUGCAGGAUGUUGAUGUUUCGUCAAGUAAUAGUCAAGUUAAUUCUAGUGAAUGUCGGGAAGAAAACGAAGUGCUAAAUGUUGAACCAAUCUAUAAAAGCAAAGCAGAAGUAGAUUUAUCGAAUCAAAAUGACAUCGAAGAAACAAACAACUACAUUACGAAUGGUUAUGAAACAAAUGGUAUCUCAAACAAGGUGUUUUGGAAUCCGGAGACUGGGAAUGACGAGAACAAAGCAAAAUCUUACGAAGGCAUGUCCAAAAAUGUAAAAGUUUCUAUAUCAGACGCGCCUAAAACAGAUAUGAAUGAUAUAACCAGUGAGGAAAUCGCAUCCAGAGUCCAUCAACCUAUACCUCAGACAACGGUUAAUCUACUGAAGUCAAGCAAUAAACAACAAGAGGCAAUAAAAUUUUCCGAAUCAAAAGUAAUUGAAAGCGAUGAUACUACAUGGAAUGAAGCUGACAGACAGGGGGUGAUUCUGAGGAAAGGAAGCAAAUCGACGGUAUCCCAUAAAAACUCGUCAGAAUCAACCCGUGACGGUGAGGUGGAAGAGGAGACCGACGAACAGAAAUCGAAAUCAAAUCAGAGCAGGGCAAGAUAUGAAGCAUUAGAAGCUAAAACAAAUAACUCAGAGAACAAAGCUACGAGUUCCAUGCAUGUCGAACAGGUUUCAGUGGAUGUUCACACAUCAGAAACAGACAAAAGAUUGCAUGUCACUGAGAAACCACGCGUGACUACCUUGACUAUUGAUGACAGCAAAACAGAAAAGAGAGCGGGUGCUAAAAACCCAACGUCACUUUCACAGAUGUCUCUACCAAAUAACUUCUACUCUUUCGCUAAGAGUAUAAAAUCACUGUUACAAGAAGAGGUAGAGUACAGUGAAUUAUUUGUGAAAUCUCUUCAGGAUGUUCGAGCCCAUAAUGCUAAUUUGUACAAAAAGCCACACAGAGAGGCAGGAUCCAGUGACCCAGAUCGAGGUUCCAAAACCAGCCAGGAACAAACCAGUUUGAGACGUGCAACAGCUAUAUCUGCAACUACCCACACUGGAAGAGAUGACGACAAGCAAGAAAAUGCCAAACAAAGAAAUGGCAAAAAGAUGACACGAAAUGAAGUACUUAACGGGUCAAGGGAAAAUGUUUACGAAAAAAACAACGUGUUCAAUCGGGACACUGUUCAGGAUGAAAACCCAAUAAAUGAUUCAAUAAAAGAUUGCAAUAAGAAUGGCAAUCUGGAUACAGAUGAUAAGAAAGAUCCACGCAAUGAUUGCAAUAAAGACUUGGAUAAAGAGAAUGGCUCACUCGAUGACUGCAAUAUGUACACGGUUGAGAAAGAUUCACUAAACAGUUGCAAUAAGGAUAAGAAUGAAGAGAAAAAACAACUUGACGGUUGCAAUCAGGAUGAAGACAAUGAGAACGACUCACUCGAUGAUUGCAAUCAGGAAACAAAUAACGGGAAAGACUCGUUCAGUGAUUGCAAUAAAGAUAUAAAUAAUGAAAAAGACUCGCUCGAUGAUUUCAAUAAAGAAACCGAUAAAGAGAAAGACUCGCUCAAAGACUGCGAUCAGGACGCAAACAGGAAUAAAGACUCGUUCAAUUAUUGCACUCAAGAUACAAAUAUUGAGAAAGAUACACUCGAUGAUUGCAAAAAUGAUGCAGAUAAAGAGAAAUACUCGCUCAACGAUUGCGAUCAGGAUAUAAAUAAUAAGAAAGACUCACUCAACGAUUGCAAUCAGGAUUCAAAUAGGGAGAACGAUUCACUCGACGAUUGCAAAGAUGAUGCAGAUAAAGAGAAAGAAUCGCUCAAAGAUUUCACCCAGGAUACAAGUAAUAAGAAAGACUUGCUAAACAAUUGCGAUCAGGAUACAGAAAAAGAACAACUCAAUGAUUGCAUUCAGGAUACAGAUAAAGAGACUAACUCACAAAACGAUUGCGGUCAGGAUACAAAUAACACAAAUUACUCACUCAGUAAUUCCAAAAGGGACUUUGAAAUAGAGAAAGACUCGCUCAAUGAUUGCAAUAUGAAUACAGAUAGAGAGAAAGCCUUACAAUUUAACGAUUGCAACCAGGACACAAAUAAGGAGAAAGACUCGCUGAAAGAUUGCGAUCAGGAUACAAAUAGUGAGAAAGAUUCACUCGACGAUUGCAAAAAAGAUACAAAUGAAGACUCCCUUAUUGGUUGCAAUCAGGAUACAGGCAAAGAGAACGAAAAACUUAACGGUUGCAAUUGGGAUAUGGAUAAAGAACAAUAUAAACUCAAGCAAAGUGCCAGUAAAGAGAAGGUCCAGCUCAAUGAGUGCGAAUUGGAUAUGAAUAAGGAAAACAUCUUACCUAACGAGUCCAGUCGAGAUACAAAUGCAAAAGUCCAAAUCGAUGAUAAUAUUCAGGAUGCAAAUGAUGGUACAGUUUUAACUGACGACAAUCAAGCAGAAACCAUAACAUCAGGUUCAGAAGGAACUCAAAUUGGUAUCAGUGAAUAUGAGGAGCCCUACCACAUAACUAAACCAACAUAUGAUAAUGGUCUCGAUAGUGUUCAACAAAUUAAACGGAAUGAUAAUUGUUUUUCAAAUCAGUUUCAACAUCGACAGUGCAUUCAGGAUAACAACCAAAACGAUAUUCAAGAAGAUGACACAAAAGAUUUGAUGCGGUCAAAUCAAAUCCCACUGAAACGUUUACCAAUGGCGGAACGAUUCAUUGAAAAUUAUACAGAACAAGACAAAGAAAUCUUCAACAAAGCGAUGAAUCCAAAGCAUGUGUCAAAAUCUCAAACCUCAAGCCUUCCGAAAAUUGAAAUCGUCAUAAAAAACGAUGAUAAUCAUCGAGAAAACGAUGUGACGUUAGUGAUAAAGCUGCCACAAAAUGGCACAAGGACGCGAGAAACGUCUUACGUUAAGAGUAUGAAAGACCAAUUUUGUCAAACAGACGGGGACAGCCAAAGAGGUUCAACACGACCACAGGAAGCAUUACCUCAGUUCAGCUGUGAACCCCCUCUACUACAGAGCAAAGAGAGAUCGUUCAUCCGACUACAUCACAAACCUAGCAGGGAACCCGAGCCUGAUCCCGAGGUUCUUUACUUUAUCAAGCAAGCGGAAUUACGACAGCGAAGAAGAAUUGAUGACAUCAUGCGUGAAAUUUACCAAAUAAAACAUGUUGAUCUGCUGGAAUCCCCAUUGUGUAGUUGUCCAGAGUACGUGUACCCAGGGUCACGUGAUCACCAUCCGCGCUUCCUUUACGACAGCGACCCCUAUGAUAGCAUGGUGGUCAAAGCGGCGCAGUAUAAUGACAGCGUCCGAAGGUUCCUGGGGUAUACCAAACGCUCGGACCGACUUAAGGCCAUGGAACAUUCCAGGAAAUACAAGGCAUACUUGGAUCUACGCAAGAAACUUAAACAUUUGUAUUAAGCUCACAAAACAAUCAUUUAGGAAAUUCAGAAAUUCAUUAGUUUACUGCUAAGUUAACCUAAGAAGUGUUUUAGUUGUUAUGUUGAGGACCAAAAGUUUUUGAAUCUUAAUUGAUUAAAAUAGAAAUACGUGUAUAAUCAAAAAGACUUUACAGUCGCCCUUUGGUCGCCUUUAAUUUGCUACUCGUCUUCUAUAAAAAUUUUGACAGCAAUCACGUUACAUCAUUCUAAUCCGGGGCAAAGCAUUAUGGAACGGUGUAACUGUAAAAGGUGAUAUAGGUAUAAUCCGGGUACCUGACGUUACAGAUUUCGCCCAAUAAAAAAUUAUACAAUUUUAUAUACAAAUAUAUUAUAUUAAAUAUAAUGCGACGAGUGGCAAAAUGGAGGACAGAAGUUAACAUAAUUACUAUAUAGUGCGUGUAUCUUCCCAAAUCAAGGGUUUAUGAUCCGCUCCGCUUCUCAUCAGCGAGAAGUGGAGCGGAUCAGAAUCCUUUAUUCGGGAAGAUGUAGUACGUGAUAAUUUUGGUAAUCCCUUUUUAAUACAAUAUUGAUAUGUGUAUCAAAAAGGCAUCCAAUUCAAAUUAGAUAUGCAUACAAGAAAAAAUUAUGGAAUAGGUUAUAUUCACUGCUAAUUAUAAUAAUAAGAUCAGUUUUAAACACAAUAAUGAUAAAGAUGAUAAUAAUGAUGGUGAUAUUUAUUGGUGUAUUUACACAAACAUGUGAUGUCGUGAAAUCAUGAAUCAUUAAUUUGUCUCAUUGACAUCAAGGUGUAAACAUCCGUUCCACCUACAGCCAUUUGCAUCACUCUCAAAGCAAAAGAUGCAGGAAAAGAAGAUAUGUAUUUUAUGCGAAUGGUAUGCGCUGUUGUGUUUGAAUCUGUAGGAAACUAGGUUGUGGGUGGACCAACCGGAAUACGGAGAGGAUCGCAAAAGAAGUUAAUUAUUGGGUUUCAGGUUUAAAGUCAGGUUGAUAUGACCAAAAACAAAAAACAAAAACAAGAUUGGGUCGAUGUUUAUCGUAUUGUUAUUGGGAGGGGGUAUAUUUUUUUUUUUUAUCCCGGGAAUCAUAAAUAACGUCAGGUGCCUGUGAUCAAAUUAUUUUAUUUUAUCUUCAUAUCUACAACAUAAUACAUGCAAUAUUUGGUAAAUUGAACAUAUCCUGCAAUUCAAUAUAUUAAGAAGUAUGAUAUGAAAUUUUAUUUAUAAUACAUCAAUAUUUAAUUAAAAAAUAACAGAUAUAUGAAAUUCUGUAAAUAAUGCUUUAUUGAUACAUGAACUGAAAAAAUGGGGCCUUGAUAAGUAGUGUGAUUAUUCCAGUUUGAAAUCUUAAAACAAAAGAUCAGUACUAGUGAAAAAAGAGGUUAUAAUACAUUUAUUCACAAAACCUUUGGGACGAUCGGAAAACAUGUUUUACAGUAUUUUUGACUGGUGUACAUGUACAUCUCUGCUGAUGGUCUACGAGUAUAGCUUUUUUAAUAUAUAUAAACCAAUCACACACUGUUGGUUAUCCAUCAAACAGUAUUGAAUCGUGCACGCGAGUUUUACGAUGAUACGGGAGGUAACUCUACGUACAAUGGAAGUCUGAUGUAAAAAAGUUGACUCCGUACACUCUUUGUUUUUUUCCGGCUUUUUAUGCUGAUAUAUCAGCAAGAUAUCUAAUCUUAAAUGUGAUGCUAUUCAAUAAAAUGUUUUGUUAUGUAUCAUUCAAGUUUUAUUAUAAAAGAUACUUGUUGAU